GCUGUGUUUAUUGUUUAAAUUUAUCCUUGAGUUUAAGAAAAUGCCCCACACAAACUCGUUGUUAUUGUUGCUUUUAAUUUUCGGAGCAAGAAAUAUCCAGUGCUAGUCCUAAAGGACUCCUGCAUGAACGAAGCGGUGUUAUAAAACAACGGAAUUACAGCACGUUACCGGGGCAACCGGUAAACAAAACAGGAACGCUGGCGGCGAUUCUGUUUUUCAUUCGUCUAUUGGUGAGGAUUGUGCGAUUGGUUCCACAUGUCCUGGACGGAUUUACGGAAUAAAUUCAACGUUUUUAGGAGACAUUUGUUUAACUUUCAUGUUUGCUAGUUUACCAGUGCGGAUUAUAAGAAAUGCUAUCAUGUGUUGAUAAUGUUUAAAAAUCAUGAGGCAUGUGUGUAUUUCGUUCUUUAAUUUGAACCAUAAUCAUCAUUAUCACCAAGAUUGUUCUAUAAAUAUCGUAGUUCAACAACGUGUUAGAAAGCAAUUUUUUGAUGAGAGCACACAAACUGUGUCGAAACUGUAUGAAGCGGUUAGUUAAUCAGUAAUGACGAUUGUGGAUCCCAAAACCUCCAUAAUAGGGUACAACCGCGCACACUGAUGAAUUUUAAUGAGCACUCUAGAACGGCAGAAGAUAUUAUAUAUUGAACUUUCGGUUGAGCUAAGCGGAAGCAAAGGACACUCGAUGGCGUAUUGCAUCCAGGAUAGCCCUUGGGCUGAGGCGGUGACAAACAAUGCAAAACAUUAUUGCCUGUUGACAUGAAACCAAGUGCUUCGCGAAACUGUUCAGUGCAAAUAUUGUCUCGAAGUUGAACAAAAACUUUUCAUCGAAUGAGUGGCAUGGGAAAAGAAAGUGUGUACUCUUCGCCUUCGGUGCUAGUGCAGUGUAAAAGUUAAAUUUGUUGCUAGACAAGGCAGAACCGACAGCAUUAGGCAGUCAUGAAUCGAUAUCUAACAUUGAGCCAAUUGGGUGAUGGCACUUACGGUACGGUCGUCCUUGGUCAACGCAAAGACACCGGCGAGAAGGUCGCUAUCAAACGAAUGAAGCGGAAGUACUACUCCUGGGAGGAAGCAAUGAAUCUCCGAGAGGUUAAGUCAUUGAAAAAACUUUCCCACGCCAACGUGGUCAAGCUGAAGGAAGUGAUCCGCGAAAAUGAUGUGCUUUACUUCGUUUUCGAGUACAUGCAGGAGAACCUGUAUCAGCUGAUAAAGGAUCGUGAGAACCACUUCCCGGAAGCAACGAUAAGACUGAUAUUGCAACAGAUUCUAACGGGACUGGCUUUCAUGCACCGCCAUGGAUUCUUCCAUCGGGAUUUGAAGCCAGAGAACGUUCUGUGCUGUGGGCCGGAGUUGGUGAAAAUAGCGGACUUUGGUUUGGCGCGAGAAAUAAGAUCUCGACCGCCUUAUACCGAUUACGUUUCGACAAGAUGGUAUCGUGCACCAGAAGUUUUACUACAUUCAACACGGUACGGAAGUGCAAUUGACCUGUGGGCCGUAGGCUGCAUUGCAGCAGAAUUAUAUACAUUCCGACCCUUAUUUCCGGGUUCCAGCGAAGUAGAUCAGUUAUUCAAGAUAUGUUCCGUAUUAGGAACUCCAGAAAAGAACGAUUGGCCUGACGGCCAUAAGCUUGCUUCUACGAUCCAAUUCCGGUUUCCGGAAUGUCCGAAAAUAGCACUUGAAUCUCUGGUAACUCGUGCUGGUUCGGCGGCUAUCCAGUUGUUGGAGGAUUUUCUACAGUGGGAUCCAGACAAGAGACCUACUGCCCAGCAAUCGUUGAAGUAUUCAUAUUUUAGUACAGUUAAACAGAAGAAUUCCGCUAAUCUGACACAAAACGGAAACCCGCAGUUACCACAGCUUGUACAAAACAAUAAUAGUGUACCCAAUGCUAGAAUUUCCAUAGUGGAUGCGUCUCAGUUGGAAAAUAGUGGAGUUAAUAGUAGGUUUACUAGAAACCCUGGUGAAGAAGGUAAUGGUGGUGUUUAUAAAUCGCUCAGUAACAGUGAUUUGAAUGACAUAAAUUCGCUGUUGAGUAUGUCGCGACUUUCUCAGAAUGUAUCCAUGGAUAAGCGCACUUCAAUUGAAAACGAAAAAAUAAAUGAUAGUGCUAAAAGCAACGGGAAAUUCCAAAGUGGUAUCAAUUACAGUGUUUUAAAUGAAAUGUUGAACAGCUAUAAUCUAGGCUUGAACGGAGUGCUCAAUAACAGUAAUAACCCUAAAGGUCGCCUGGACCGGAAAAACAGCAUUACGAAAUCAAUUGCAGAGCACAGUGACAGUGGUGUUAACGACAAUGGCAGUUCGGUAGUAAGUUACGCGAUCAUUAAACCUGUAGUGGUGAAAUCAGAAGAAAAACCAAUAUUUGUGGAGCAGCAAGAAAAAGUGAACGAUAUUUUUGUUACAAGAAACCUAGACAACGUCAGCCGAGUGCUCGAUAGUGAUAAUUCUAGCUAUUUCAACAAUGGAUUUUUUCUGCACAAACAGAACGGGAAUCCGAAAAGGGAAUACGCAAAUAAUGCUUUCAACGAGAGUUUUCUGAAUGAUUCAAAAGUUUACAAUGCUUUCUCAAAACAACCGGUGCUACUCACUAGGAAAACAGAUGAUGAUAUCAAGAUGAAUAAAUCUAGAAAUCCCUUAAUUAACAAGGGAUUACAAAGCCAUUUCAGUAAAAGUUGGGAACCUGUUCAUGGUAGUAGCUUCGAAGAUGAUUUGGAAGACAUCUUGGGGAGCAAAAUCAAAUCAAGCAAAAAAUCAAUCACGGAAUUCAAGGUAGAGGAUAUAUUUGGCACCGUUUCGUUCGCCAAGGAUUCAACCACAUCCAAGUAUCCUAACACGGUACCAUUUGCCAAGGGUGUCAUGAAGAAUGGCAAUGCCUUUUCCGAUAUUUUCGACAAUUCCGAUACAAAACCAAUGCAUUCUAGUGCGAAUAUCGUACCUAGGAGGAAAAACCAGCAGGUGUUCGUUUCCAACCACAGUAUUGCUCCGAACAAGGAAUUAAGUAAUGUGAACGCAUCGUUCAAACUUUUCCCAUGGGAAGAUGUUCCACGCAAUGUUCCGGAAAAGAAACAAUGGAUUCCGGAUAGUGGAAUAUUAACCUACGUUGGACCUAGUGGAGAUGGCAAGGGACGGCCAGACUGGGCAGCAAAAUAUUUAGGCAAAUGAUCGCUUAAGCAUUUGCACCACUAGAUUAGACAGGAGAAACAAUCUGUGAUAUAGUUGCGUACAUUUCUGCAAAUCGUAGUUCAGAA